AUGACUGUAAAGCUUCUGAUGGACGCUGCCGAGAAGGAUUUCAAGUCUGAUAGUCUUGAAGAAGCUCUGGUGUUGGCCAAUGUGGCUAACCAGAUAGACCCUAAAUUUGAAGGCAUUAUUGCCCCGUACCUGGCUGCGUACCGCAUCCAUGCAGCGGCCAUGAGAAGGAAGAGCAAUGGCGAGAUAGAUUGGUAUGGUAUUGUAGGAAUAGUGGAUGAUGACCCAGACAUUGAUACGAUACUGAACAGAUACGAGGAACUGGUUGAUCUCCUUCAUCCAGACGGCAAAAACGGUUCUGUGGCAGCCGAAGGCGCACUCAGGCUUGUUUCGGAAGCGUGUUGGAAGCUGCUGCUAUCCCAAUCGUCACUCAGAAAAUCUGGUCAAAAGUCAGCUUCAGAUCAGACAAGGGUACGCCGACAUCCCAGAGGUGUAAGGGGUUCGAAGAAGACGACCGUACUGCCGCCGGCACCAACUGCUUCUUCAGAUUUUCGCAAGAAGAGUGAUGUUAGGGUUAGGGUACGCCAUCCGAGAGGUGUAACUAGCUACUAA